GAUAUUCUUCAAACAUCUCACGUUACAUUAAACUCAAAGAACGCAAGAUUAGUGGGAUGAAGAGCCAUGAUAAUCAUAUCUUAAUGCAGCAGUUUUUUCCAAUAGCAAUACGUGGAUCUUUGCCCCCUGAAGUGAGUAGGCAUUUAAUUGACUUAUCUUGUUUCUUUAGGGAGAUAUGUUCCAAAGUACUAAAUGUGGAGGAACUUGGGGCUCUUGAGAAGAGAAUUGCAGUGACAUUGUGUGAGUUGGAAAAGAUAUUCUCUCCCUCUUUCUUUACAGUGAUGGUACAUGUAGUCAUGCAUUUGGCUAGCGAAACCAAAGUUGCUGGUCCAGUUCAUUAUCGUUGGAUGUAUCCCAUAGAGAGGUACUUGUCAAGGCUUAAGUCUUACGUGCAUAAUAAAACUUAUCCAAAAGGCUCCAUUGCAGAAGGGUAUAUAACAGAGGAAUGCUUAACAUUCUGUUCACGCUAUUUUAAAUUUGUUGAAACUGUAUUUAAUCGGCCUGUAAGGAAUGUUGAGGAAUCCAUGGGUGCAGUGGUGAGCAUUACACUAGAUUCAAAUUCAUGGAUCCAAGCAUAUCGUUAUGUGCUAUUCAAUUGUGAAGAAAUCACCCCAUUUCGUGAACUUUGACAAUUGAAAUGGCAAAGCGAAAGGCAAAUCUGCACACACGUCCCAAGAGUGUUACAUUGGAAAGAGCUUCUUCACAAGAUGCGGAUAAAGUCGGGGACCAAGAAAUGCAUGAAGCUUCUACACAAGGAUCAGAUGUGCAACCAGCUAAACGUGUCACUCGUGG